ACCCCCACCCUUCACUCAAACUUGUCAUCGUCCAGCAUCAAUUCAGGAGAAAACAACUACCAGCUAGUCAGAAUGGACACCAAUACCUCCAUCACCUCCGAUUUCUCCAUCCAGAGCCAGUUCAAGGUGAGCUUGAAAAUGUCCAAGAAGGAGAUCGAGCUCAUCCGCUACACCUGGAACAAGAUGUUGUUGGACGAGCCCAUCGAGCAGAAGCAGAACCCGUUCGGCAUGCCUGGAGGCUUCUCCACCAACAUCACCAACUCUACUGCUGGCAGUAAGGAAAAAACCAUGAACUACAUCAACCGUACCUCGGCCUCCACCGUGGCCUCGUCGUUGUUCUGUCGUCAAUUCUACUCCAACUUGCUUUCCAUGGACUCGAACUUGGAGAAGUUGUUCCCUUCCAUCAAGCACCAGGCAGUGUCGUUUGCCGGGGUGAUGUCGUUUGCCAUCAGCCAGUUGGAGAAUUUGAGUGUGUUGGACGACUACCUCAUCAACUUGGGCAAGAGACACUCGCGGAUUCUUGGAAUCGAGCCUGCCAACUUCGAGUUGAUGGGUGAGGCCUUGAUCCAGACCUUCCUCGAGAGAUUCGGCACUCGUUUCACCCAGGAGCUCGAGGUGUUGUGGAUCAAGCUCUACAUGUACUUGGCCAACUCUUUAUUACAGUUUGGAAUCGACCCCAUCAUCAAGUUGAACGAAGAC